AAGUCAUUUUUAUUGUGAUAAAAAUUUCCGAUGCUCUUCUUCUGUCAGUUGUCAAAUUGACAUUGAUGCUUAAGAUGUUUCGUUUAGAAAUGAAAUGAAGAAAAUUGUGUUAAAUCCAGUUUUGUGCACCCGAUAUUUCCACAACUGUCGAAUACUCACCAGUAGAUUCAGGAAAGAAUCUCAGUUCCGCGUCAGAGCAAGAAUCCCCACGACGAUGGAACCUUCGACGGAGAAGCGACCUUUUAAAGUGUCCAUCGAGGGCAACAUAGGGGCUGGAAAGUCGACUUUGGUCGAGUACUUUAGUAAAAUCACUGGCAUAGAAACUUAUGGAGAACCCAUCGACUACUGGCGCAACUUAAACGGCAGCAACCUCCUAGAACUGAUGUACUCCAACAUCAACCAGUGGUUAAAAGUCUUCCAAACCUACGUUCAGUUAAGUCGACUUAAAGUUCAAACUUCAAAACCCAAAAACCCUGACACCACAGUACAAAUCUUUGAAAGGUCGCUCCAAAAUAACAGAUAUUGUUUCGUCGAGUUGGCGCGAAAGAGUGGAUCCUUGAGUGAGCCGGAUUACGCAGUAUUGGACGAAUGGUACAAAUGGAUACAAAAUAAUAUCAAUAUUAAUUUAGAUCUGAUAGUUUAUUUAAGAAGUACACCUGAGGUGGUUUUUGAAAGGAUAAAGGCGCGGGGACGUCCUGAGGAGAGAGGAAUUUCUUUGGAUUAUUUAACGCAGUUGCACCAAAGUCACGAAGAGUGGCUUAUUAAAGGCAAACACAACUCGAUUCCUGUUUUGGUGAUGGACGCGGACCAGACUUUAGAAGACGUCCGAGAGCAGUUUAAGUUGAACGAAAGUAGAAUCUUAGGUGGCAAGAUGAGUGGAUAAGUGCCUUGGUUCGUUGAUAGAGAUCAUUCAAGUGCAAGAUUCCUGACAUUUUUAUUUGAUAUUUAUACAUAUUUUGAAUGUGAUUCUCAUGAUUUGUAAUAUUUUUACAAGAAUACACUUAAUACAUGUCAUAAAAUAUA